AUGGGGCAUGUCGUCCCCCAGCAGCAGAUUAUCCAAAGUUGCGAGAGUAACCGUGGCUUCUGCGCAGGGGGGGAAAGCACCCAGGAGGAAAGCACACAUGGGGAAAGCACGCAGGAGGAAAUCACACAGGGUGAACACACACAGGGGAAAAUCACACAGGGUGAACACACACAUGGGGUAUUCACCGAGACGGGAAAGACGAGCCAACUUGGAGCAUCCUUCCAAACGGUAGCACAUUGCACGAACCGUGACGCGAACGAUGUGCUGUACCUCUACGUGCACAAAAUGGUGAACCUGUCGAAGACGCACUUUGAUAAUAUAUCCAUUUGCGUAAGGUUCACCAAAGACGAAAAGUAUCACUACAGAGGUUUCACCCUGGAGGAGGAAAAAACAUUCGAUUUUUUUGUACACUCUAAGAGGACGUUAAAUGAACUGAGGGAGGUAAUAUUAGAGGUGUGGAGAGACUCGAUUGGGAAGGACAAAAGGAGGAGAGGUCAACAGAAUGGGAAUUAUAACCAUGAGGAGAGUAGAGACUGCAUUGGUAUAGUGAACAUUCCCGUGGAAGAUAUUAUCCAAAAGGAACAAGUGAUGUGUUUGGAGAAACACUUGGAGAUGACCCAUCAGUUUUACGAAAAUAUGAACUUUAUGUUUUGGGUCAUUUUGGUGAGAGGGCAAAAAAACAGAGAAGAAAAUGUGCGACAGUUUUGUGAGAAGUAUAUCGAAAGUUAUGCCAAUGAGAGGAAUCAUUAUCUGUCGAAUGGAGGUGACUACACCGAUGAAUCACUGAUCAGUUCUGUCUUUGCUCCUUCGGGAGGAGAGCAGUCUGUGGGGAAGAAGUUCACCCUGUCGGAUAUGGACCCUCUGGGGGGGGAGGCAAAGUCAUCCAUGUCGAUCAGUGAGCAGUACUUUAUCUAUGACUCGGAGAGCGUGCACAAUAGGGAGUACUACGUGUACGAGUUACAGAGGGAAGUGUUGCAGAAGGACGUGCGUAGUAGUGUUCUGAUCGCCAGCGUUAUGGAGAGGGCCCGGAGGGGCGCGGCGAGGAACGAGCAAAGAAGCGACGAUCGGAGAAGCUAUGACGGAAGAAGUGAUGAGGGAAGAAGCGAUGAGGGAAGAAGCGAUGAGGGAAGAAGCGAGGAUCACGCUGAAGAGAGCGGCGGGAGGGUAAAUGGCAUCUACAGCGAUAUCGAGGAGGAGGAGGAGGAGUGGACGCAAAAAAGGGCGCUGCGGCAAACGAAGAGGGAGAGAGCAGCCAAAAGGAAAAAAGACCCAGCAGUCUACCUACGAAUCGAAUUCAUCAAAGAAGAACUGCUUCUACGAGGAAUGAAGGAACACACAGUCCACCUGAUGAUCACAGAUAUGAAAAAAAACACAACCAAAAAGAAUGAAAAAUAUAUUUUGAAAACACACGUUGAACAAUAUAUUGACAAAAUUUUCACCAAGUGGGAAAAAUUAACAAAUAAAUUAUUCAUUCGAAAUAAAAAGAAAAUGCUCCUAAAUGAUGUGUGUGAAUAUUUGGACAGUCUGUACAUUGACGAUGAUAGGUACAUUAGCAAAGAAGAAUUUUUCACUUUCUUUCAAGAUGUUGGUAUCGUUUUUGUGGACUCCACUGUAUUCGAUGAGUUGUGUUUACUGUUCUUUGACAAGGAAAGAAAAGAAAUCUAUUUCUCAGCAUUCUCCUCCCUAAUAAUAAAAAGAGGAGUGGAGGAACUCAAAAAUACUGUGUAUGGGUACGACAUUUUGUUGAAACUUUUUGGAUCCUUUUACAAGAACCAGGUGACAAUAGAGUUCCUAGAAAAUGAACUAGUAAAAAUUAAUCUGCAAACAAAGAAUUAUUACUCAGGGAGGAUUAAAAGGUAUUUCUCUUCCGAGGCACUGUGCAGUUCAUCCAUUGAUCAGGGUACUGCGGAUGAAAAUUUAGGACGUUUCUUAAAAGAGGAAGAAAAUGUGUGUUCUUGCACCUCUUUGUUGUUUUUACACUCCAUUAGGUUUAUACUGACUAGGUUCAACAAUAAGGAUUUUUCCAAUCAGGAUUUAUUUUUCCUGGUGAAGUACUUGUUGCAGACGCAGUGUAACUACUCUCGGACGGAUGCACGUGUCCUCGUGAACGUUAUCAAGGGUAUUGAGUCCGUUAAUUUGAGCUUCUUCCUGUCCCUCUACCAUAUGUAUGUGCAGAAGCACGCCUCGGAGGAGGGCCUACAGGGAGAUGCGCGUGUUGGGCGAAGCGAGCGCAGUGAGACAUCUCCAGGAGGCGAACAUGGGGAAGUGGAAGGAAAGCGCUUCCUCGUUUGUGACAACAUGGGGGGAAGCACAGACGAGAGGAUUGGUGACGGUAUGGGGGGAAGCACAGACGAGAGGAAUGAUGACGGCAUGGGGGGAAGCACAGGCGAGAGGAUUGGUGACGGUAUGGGGGGAAGCACAGACGAGAGGAAUGGUGACGGCAUGGGGGGAAGCACAGGCGAGAGGAUUGGUGACAGUAUGGGGGGAAACACAGGCGAGAGGAUUGGUCACAGCAUGGUCGUGUCUUCCCCCCGUGGAUGGGCCCAGGCGGAAGAUGGGGCACCCGACCAGGCAGGCGGUAUAUCUGGCCACGAAGUAGACCACGAAGUAGACCACCAAGCGGACCACGAAGUAGACCGCGAAGUAGACCACCAAGCGGACUACGAAUAUGUCCCCAAACAUGAGCGCCGCGACGAGGGAGGGCAGGUGUCUCUCUUCAUGCUGAAGAAAGGUGACAAGGAGGAAGCACUCCUCACGGGGGACCCCGAUAAGAACAGUGAAAUUAUUCAGGGGAACUCCCCUGUGCAGGAGGAGAAUACCCCCAGGGGGAAGGACCAAACGGAUGCCCAAAAUUAUGAUGGUGAGAAGGAACCUUGGGGGGAGAUUCGUACUAGCAUAACAAAGACGCAAACUAAGCGCAGCUUGGUAAAUGGUUUAAACGAUACGGGACGGAAGGACCAAACAGGUGCUCACAUGACUGCAAGAAAAGCAUCUAAUGACGCACCCUUAAAUGUAAAAAGGCAAAAACACAUGAGCGUAACGAACACAACGUCUUUUUGCAACACCACAGAUGAGAGGAAAAAUAACAGUAGGUCAAGGAAAGAUAUAAGGAAGGGUUUCAAAAAUAUAGUCAUAAUUCUACAUGGAAAAAUUGUGAGUGGGCUUAUAACUGUGGAAUACAUUUCGGAGUGUCUGUUUUGGUACUUUGGGAGAAGAAGGGGAAAGGAUCAUAAUGAUAAAGUUCAGUUACUGAUGCUAUUCGAUAUGUUGGGUCUUUACACGUCUUAUGAGAUUGCCCUGAAGGUACUGAAUUGGUACGAAAGAGAGGUAAUGCUAAACAGGGGAGGAGAUAACCAUCACGGUGUUGCUGCAAACGGGUUGGAAGCAACAGUGUGUGGGGGAAAUCAUUUUGAGGGACACAACCAUGGGAACACCUCCCUGCUGCAGGACUUCACCACCAUCAAUCACGAGCAUAACAUAAAGAAGAUUAUGGAAAGGCACUACCUUAACGAACAAAUCGGAGGAAAUAUAUUUUCAGGUAGCACGCUUGAAGAUUUUUUCGCUCUCCUAAAAGAAAAAGACAUAGGCAUAGACGCUUUCUCCAAAAAGAACAUUUUCACGUACAGCGAUUUUUACACAACAGUUGAGAAUCUCAGUUUGGAUUUCUCCAGAAAUUAUGUGCGCCUGUUGUUUUCUAAUUUGCUAACCUACGACUUGACGUCCUUCACCAGCGUAAACAGCAAGCUAAUUUUUUACGACUGCAUGGAGGCUUAUUGGCUGAACUGGAACAGAGCCCACUUUGAGUUCCACGGGGUGGAGGCGCACGCGGAGGGACACGCGGAGGGAUAUGCGGAGAGACAUGCGGCGAGACACGCGGAGAGACAUGCAGAGGCGCACGCAGAUCAGAGCGAGAGGGCCCUCUUGGACAGCGUCAAGCAGAGGAGAAAAGAGCUAGCCAUUUUUAAGAAGACAAACCAAGCGGAGACCCCAAACAAAGUCAGCUAUAUCCCCCACAAAAACAGAUUAGUACUUGUGCGAGAAGAAUGGGCCACUUCCGUGGAGAAGAAUGUCCCAGGGAGGGAUCCAACAUCGGGGGGAACCCAUACGUUGGAAACCCUCCCACUGUACAGUUUAUUCUUUUACCUUUCCGAGAAUGGCACCUUAAGAGGAGAAGAAUUAAUAAAGAACUAUUUUUUUAUGAACAUGUUCAGGUGCGAAAUGAACUCUGUAAAUGUGGAUGAUUACGCGAAUGAUACUUACACAUUUUACGAUUUCUGGCAAAUUUGCAAAGAGAAACGUGUGAGUAAGUCGGAGCGUAGUGAUGAUGACUCGUUUAGGGAGGACCUUCUAAGGCUGAUAGUGGUCAUAAAUGGGGACCACCAUAGUGGUAAGGAGGCAAUCCGGAAGGGACACAGUGAAGGGGCUAACCCAAGUGGAGGGAUAUGUCCCACGGGUAGACCCACCAUAACGAAGUCGCCCUCCUCACUUCAAACCCUAUUGAAGGGAAAGACUUACCUAUUUUCGAAGAAUUUCAAAAAAAAUCUGAGCAUUUUGCGGCUGGCCGUGGAGGAUCUUGGCAAGGGAAUCGCCGAGGUUUCUCAUUUCCCGCUGGGGUCAUGCCUGGGACGGAGUCGUAGCGCAUUAAGCCAAAGUGUCGUCAGUUUUAACGCCAAUUGGAACAGAAGCGGUAGCUAUGAUGCUGCUUUGGGGAGACGAACGGGGAACACACACACGGAGGAGGAGCAGCAGCAGCAGGCACCACUUGUGCAGUUUCUCAAAAGGAAUAAACAUGUCGUAGAGCACAUCCGGGAAUUUUUUUACCUGUUUGUUUUUUGUUGCAAAGUGGCGAACAACGAGUCGGUGGAUUUGUCCUUUCACGAGCAGGAGUGGAUCUUCUAUCGGGGGAAAUUGAAGGCUCACUAUUCACAGAGGGGGGAGAGAAGCGCGUCAGGAUGCACCCCGUCAAAGGGGGAAAAUAAACACACGUACGUACCUACUGAUGGUGCUGUGAGAAGAAAGAAGGACAGAGUUAAUCACUCCCCAUUUCUAUAUAAGGAAGUACGCAUAUGCUGUGAGGAGAAGAAAUUUACGAGCCAAGAGUACAAGGGGAUGGUGUAUCCAUACCUCCUUCUACUUUGCGACUUGCUAAAAAAAAUUGUUCACAUUUAUAAAGAUGGACAUGCUGCUUAUGUGACGAAACGGUUUGUUCUUAAUUAUGAGGAUAAAAAUGCGAGGAUAACUUUUUUGCAUCGCGUGGAAAAUAUUAUGACCAGGUCAGGCAGUUUUGAUUCCAAAGAGUGGAACAAAAUGUACAGCAUAUUUGAAGCGUUAGACAUCAGAAUUAGUGAGUUCCUUUUAAAUCUGUGGAGCUGUCUAGAGGUGAAUAAUUACAUAGUGAGACUCCCUAAUGGAGUUACCCUUUUCAACGAUUGUUUUAAUACCAUGUGGGAUUUGAUGAGGCCCAAGGGGAGUCGCCGUUCUUCCCUUUGGGGAGAUCUACCUACAGGGAGGAAGAAGGACUCUCCAGGGAAGAGUAUUACCCCCGUGGGGAGGAACAAAACGGAUCGUGCUUCUAAUGAAUGGAACGAACUGUACGUAAAGAAUGUCAAGUAUGUGAUUGUGUUCAACAAACUGGUGCUGUCCGAUGUACGAGGGAUCAAUCGGAGGAGCCUACUUCACAGUAAGUACUUCACACAGGACAAAAUCUUCACGAAGCACAUGACGAAUCUGUACGUGAGGGCAUUAUUUAAUGAGUGCAUUUUGGCAGGAUUAAACAUUAAUCGAUUGUUUGCACAUAUCGAUAAAAAAGACUCCUUCAUUUAUGUCCUGUCCAAAAAUUUUAAUCAUAUUUUUUCUGAAGAAGACAUGGCAUUAUUUGUGAAGAAGUACUCCUUCGUAGUGGAUAUGACAUCUCUCCAUUUGAGAAAUUCCUGCCACAAUUUUUUUUCCACCAAAAAUUUUUUAAGUGACCUGUACAGGCAAGGUGAAUACUACAAUGCGGAAUGGAAGGGAAAGUUGUUCAGGUUUUUUUUUAAAAAUGAAAAUGUAUUUUUUUGCAAACAUCAUCAGCGUAUUGUACAUACCAAUUUCGAACCAAUGGAUAAGCAUCAUUUGAUGUCAUGUGAUAAGCUUAAAAACAUUUUAUCCUUGCAUGGUUUGUUUCUUUCCUGGGCUGAGUUGUAUGACUUUUUCCAGCCGCUGAACAAAUUUUGCGUCAUUUACGACUCUAAGAAGUUUGAGCUGCACGAGGCGGGGAAGCCGGGCCCCUACAUCUUGAAGGCGUACAUCAACCUGCCGAAUUUGUUGCGCCUGGCUGGGGAGGCGGCACACAGGGGGGUGGAGCGGCACGGAGAGGGGAAGGCGGGUCCGAUCGGAGAGGGUCCCCUCUAAAUGGAAGAAAAUAAGUUAAACUCUAUCAUACCGGAUGACUUUGUUUUGAAAAAAAAAGAGUUUCUAAAUGGGGUUCAUUUAAAUUUAUUUCUCCUCAGAGAUAGAUUAGACACCUUAUUCGGAGAGGAUCAUUCCUCACCAAUUCAUGUGCAUCAGUUUGUUAAUUUUUUCGACACGGAGAAAGGUGCAGUCUCCUUUUCGAACUACAGAUUUGUGUACAACUUUUCCUACGAGUGGGUAAAUCGCAUGCACAUGAAGGAUGAAUAUGUGAGCAGGGAGUACUGUGAAGCGUUGCUGGCAGAGUUUCGCCUACCCAGCGUGGUGGAUGAUAGCGAUGGGGAGGAGAGAGAAUCCCCUCUCAACGUGACAGAGGUGCACGAAGCGUCUGAGAAGGAAUCCAAUGUGAAGAAAAAAAAAGAAAAUAUUCAAAACGGAAUGGAGGACGUGGCGCGGCAUGAGAAGCUUCUAUGGCGCAGCCUCCCGGAGAGAGACGCCACUCCGCGUGACGCAUUAAAAGACAACCGAGAGGACCCCCACGUGAAGGACCCCCUUUGGAAAGACGAACUCGUGAAGAUGUUCGAAAAGAACAUAAAAGGAAAGUGGAAGAAAAUACUCAUGCCGAUUUUUCACCGCAAGGAGUUCUAUGCACAUCGAUUUAGGAUUAUAAUAAAGGAGUUUACAGGGAUGAAAAAUUUUGUGCGCAAAAUGGAAAGCGAAAAGUGGAGAGGGGGGGGGCCCAACGUGGGUAAUAAUUCCAUCCACCCGAACACGCCCAGCCAGACGAACACGCUCAACCAGACGAACACGCCCAGCCAGACGAACCCUCCCAUCUCACUCAGCUACUUCUGCUGCUUCGCCAUGAAAGAAAUUGUGAUAGAAAAUAUCCUCACACAGAGUGCUAUGUCGCUUGGAGGAGAAACAAAAAGAGGUGGCGAUUCCUUGCAUGUGAAUUACCUCUUCGAGCACACCUUUUCGACCGUAAGGGAAAAAGACAUAGUUACGCUGUUCGAACAUAAUAAAAAAAUUUUCAAGUUGAGGCUGCUCUGGGAAGGAAGCAUCAUAGCUGAAGCAGAUUUGCACAUUCUGGAGAUGUUUUCCAUCAUGAGGAAUGAGGAAAAGAAGAGCCAUAAGAUUUUGUGUUUCAUUCCAACCGGUUCGGAUAAUAAGAACAUUAUCUUUUUAGAUGUAGACAUGUAUUAUCAGCGGACGAAAAUCGGUUCAGGUGAUCCCAUAUUUGAAACUAGCCAUAGAGUGGUUAGUCCCAAUUUCUGCGCUGAACAGCUAGCCGAAGAGAGCCCCCAUCAGGUGGACUUAGCAAAAUUGAAUUCUCCCACCAUGUGUGCAUCUGAAAAAGGAGCUUCUAACAAAAAGGAAUUAAUAAAAAGAACCCAGUCUGGACUCAUUGUGCAGAUCGUUAUGCAGCUCAUUACGCAGCUCAUUCUACAGCCCAUUGCACACAUGGGGAAGAUAACUGCACCUCGAUGCACAGAAGGACGAAUGGUACUCUCAUUGACAGCCGGGAGAGAAGAGACGGAUUGAAUGAAUCGCCAGUGCAGCGGCGAAUACGUUUUGUUGAGAAAUGGCCAGGAGGUUCUUUUGGCAAGUCCGGGGGGAGGAAAAGUCAGACGUGGUGGCCACACGGAUGAGGCGGAGGACACAGAUGAGGCGGACGACGCGGAUGAGACCAACUGUGCCGCGCCGAAGUCGAUCAUCCUGGUUGAUGACAUACUGGAAGGACACGCCUGCAGGGAAAACCCCAACAGGAAGCACAGCAGAAGGGCCGAGUACCAAAUCAAAGAUAAGGACAGAAAUGUGAAUCGAUGGAAAAACGACACCAGCCACAUCUACCUAACCGUUAACUGGGUAAUCCUUCCAGCGCGCUUGAUUAGAAAAAUGCUUAACAGACUGAGCGGGAAUGGAAAUGCGGAACGGAGGGGGGACGACGUGUUUGUAGCUGUUUACGUGGAGGUGCAUCAGAGGGUGGACCCCUCAGGUGGGAGUGACAGUAGAGGUAGUAGCGGCAGUAGAGGCGACGGGACAUACGAGCUGCUCUCCAGGUCCAUCCCGCAAAUGGUCAGCUGGGAAGAUGGGGACUCUUCCCCCAAGGGUAGCGAUGAACGUUUGGAAAGUUCGUACGAAGGAGGCGGUGGGGAAGAUGAAGACCAAUUCGAUAACGGUGCAAUAAAGCAUAGGGAAGUUAUCAAAUCGGAGAGUAGCCCAUACGUGGAGGGGAAGAUAACUGUGAAGGCUCUAAUAUCACUGAAUAACAUUUCUGAGGAUGUCACGAUUGGAGAGCACUUCUUUAAGAUAAAAAACAUUUUACACGAAAAUGAGGAUGUUGUGUUUUGCUGGGAGAGUCUGUUUCAUGGUGUUUAUGGAGAGAAUGCACUUUUUGAGAAGGAGGAAAAGGAAAGGAAAAUGCUUCUGGACAGCUCAGAUGUAAGGAUGGGUUCUACUGAACGGGUUCUAAUGAGAAAUAAAACUCAAAUAGUGAAACAUCCCAAGGAGGAAGUUGAAAAGUUAGCAAUCAUGCCACAGCUAUAUGAUGACAAAAGGGAGAAUGAAACGAUCAUUGGGAAAAAAUCCUCUAUAGAAAAAAAAAAAAAAGGAAAAUUCUAUCGUACAGUUCGAUAAAUGUUCAGAAAAACAACUUUGGACAAAUUAUUUGGGGAAGUGUUGAGGAGAGUAAACUACAGGAAAUAUGUGAAGGUUGGCACUCUCUUGGAUGCACUGAAUUCUUCAGUUUACUCCAAUUACAUGGACUACGUUAUCCGAUUGUUUCGACAUUAUGUAGGAGCAGACACGUCUCUGUUCUUCCCUGUGGAAAAUAUUUUAUUAAUUUUAGCCUUAAGAAAAUUGUCCUCUCAUUUUUCCAACGUCAUGAUGCAUUUAUUUCGAGAAGUCCAUCAGUCUAACGGAAGUGACAACUCCUUGGGUGUGGUCGAGUGGUCUCACUUCGUCAAGGAUAUACAGAAUAUGACACUUCUUCUACUGCCUCCUCAGUGGAGCAGCACCGGGAAGGAGAAGCUCCUUUACGAGUGAAUGGACAGAACGAACCUAGGAAAGGUUGACCCUUCUCCGUAUAGACUUUACGUGAAGGUGAAGAAAUUACUCAACGCGGUGACGUUAGUCAAGCAAAGGAUGGCAAUGUCGUUUCAAGUAGUGUUGAGCAAUUACGACUGGAUAAAAUCGGAUAGCUAUAUAAUAAAUAAAAUUCAGGCGGUAAGCAGGCCCCUUUUGAAUGACCCCCACUCGGGUAUCAACACGGCAGUUGUUUUGGCACUUCCAACCCGAGCGGAAAUGAGCAGAGUUUCCAACGCGACGAGUGCAGCGAGUGCAGCGAACGGAGAGAACGCAUCGAACGGAGAGAACUCAGCGAACGCAGCGAACCUUCCGGACCUUCUACUCAAGGCGAACACGAAAGGGGAGUCAUCUUAUGGUCUCUUGAAAAUGUGCUUGAGGAACUUGUCUCUACAGAUAUGCUUUUAUGAUGUGCCAUUUUGGAGCGACUCCUUGUCGGAAGAGUCACAUGCCAAUGACGAAGCCCUGGGGUGUAGCCUCUACCCGGGGGGUGGCCUCUACCCGGAGGGGCAACACGAGGGCAGGAUGACGAGGAUGACGAGGAAGACGCUCGUUGCCAGCACGUUCAUUCCGCUAACUGUUCUUUUGAAAAAGCAUAAGACCAAAGUUAGGGCGCCCCUGGUCAGCUCCCCAUUCUGCAGCAGUCCAGGAAGACGAAGCGACAUGGAGGUGGAAAUUCUCCUCAAGUACGACAGGGUCGACACAAGCGAGGUGCACCAAAAAAGGGACACACACAGGGGUGGGAAAAACGACGUUCAGAAAAUUGUGCAGAAAAUUGGGCAGAAAAAUUGGCAGAAAAUUGGGCAGACGAAAUUCACCCAGGUACGACCCACGCAGGAGCAAUCCAAGUUGCUCAAGUCCAAGCUGGAGACGUUCGCGAAUGGGAACAUCCAUGGGAAGGAGAGUCCACAUGAAUACGGCAUCGUGACUGACGGCCUAAAUAUCGACUCGUCCGUAGAAACGCAAUCGGGGCUCCGCCUAAGUGACGACUUUGAUCUGGCGGGGAGACACGACUCGGUUGACUUCUCUAAUAUUCCCCUGCUGACCCUUCCCAAAAUCCCCCCGCCCAUAUCGUAG